AACUUAUCUUAUUAUUCCUUCUUCCCGUCAUCUCAAAAUAUAGUUUUCUUAUAUUUCACUUUCUUUCGUCUCAUCCCAGUGUUUGCGCUCCAGGUUUAUUUCCGUUUCCGUUUCCGUUCCCGUUCUUACAUGUUUUACAUGUUUCUCUCGGUCGGAUCAUAACGUCAUAUCUCCCUGUUACGUAUACAAUACCAUCUUUUUUAAGAUUUGAGGAUUAGUUAAACUCUCACUCCCGCUCACGCCGCAUUCUGAUCGACAACCGCCUAUUUUUUUAUUAUUUUUUUUGUCUUUAUUUUUACAGUAUUCCGCCCAUUCUUAACCUCUUCCAAAGUUGUCGAGAUGAAGGCAGAAUACUCGGACGAACCGGUAACUUAUGACACCCACGAGGCCACCAUACUCCAUGGAUGGUCGGCUUGGUUUGGCGGUCCCGACGUCAAGAUAGGCCCUCGUAUCGCUCCUCAAAUAGCGCCGAUCACCACCGAUGCUCACGACUCCUCCAGUAAUCUCAGCAGUGAUGCAAUCCUCAACAGGCAACUUGAAGAAGAAGCCGGUCAUGCUAUCCAGUAUCGUACUUGUAGCUGGCAAAAAACGGCUGCAUUGUUGUUCUCCGAAUAUAUCUGUCUAGCAAUAAUGAGUUUCCCUUGGUCAUACAGCGUCCUCGGACUAGUCCCAGGGCUUAUCCUCACCGUAGUUCAGGCUCUAUUAGUUUUAUACACUUCUAUCGUAUUAUGGGAGUUCUGUCUGCGACACCCCGAAGUCAGAGACGUAUGUGAUAUUGGCCAGAUGCUAUUCUGGGGCCAGAAAUGGGCAUGGUAUUUCACGGCCUUUAUGUUUAUCUUGAACAACACGUUCAUCCAGGGGCUCCACGUCCUCGUCGGAGCCAAAUACCUUAAUACGAUGGUUGGCCCGGAUGCUGGUAUAUCUUGUCAGACAGUAUCUUUCGGCGCCAUUGUUGCUGUCAUUUGCUGGUUGUCGUCGCUGCCUCGCACGUUUAGCAUGCUUUCGAAGAUUGGAACGGCAUCGGCGGUGUUCACGUUCGUUUCGGUCAUCCUUGCAACAAUCUUCGCCGGCAUCCAAGGCCAUCCAGCAGGUUUUAAUGCAGAGCCGGCUACGAACCCUGCUACCGGCGCAGCAUUACCUUUCGGUAACCCAAUCGUCACAGCCGUUCCUGUUCUUGGUACUACGUUCGUCUCCGGCUUGGGAGCUUUUCUUAAUAUCAGCUAUACUUUCAUUGGGCAAAUUACGCUUCCUAGUUUUAUUGCCGAGAUGCGUGAGCCGAAGGACUUCCCUAAGGCACUUUGGGCAUGUACUAUUCUCGAGAUUAUCGUUUUCAGCGUCGUCGGUGGAGUGACAUACGCGUUUGUAGGCAACCAGUAUAUGACCUCGCCUGCCUUCGGAUCCUUAAUUCCGCUAUACAAGAAGGUUGCUUUCUCGUUUAUGAUUCCCACGAUUAUAUUCUUAGGUGUCCUGUACGCCUCGGUCUCCGCUCGAUUCAUUUUCUUUCGAAUUUUCCACAACUCGCACCACAAGAAUGAACAUACCAUCGUUGGUUGGGGCACUUGGACUUUUAUUCUAUUCCUCACUUGGGUUGUCGCCUUCGUGAUCGCCAACUCUAUCCCAUUUUUCAACUCUCUUCUCUCCCUCAUGUCCUCCUUAUUUGAUUCAUUUUUUGGUUUUAUCUUCUGGGGCCUCGCUUAUUUUCGCAUGCGAAAAGCCGACGGUGCUGUCGCAUUACUCAAGGACCGUUCAUUCCGCGGAUGGUUCGAGGGCAUCCUCAACAUUAUCAUUAUCUUAACUGGUCUUUUCUUCUUAUCAGCCGGAACAUACGCAAGUGUCCAGGGCAUUUUAGAUGAAUUUGCCCUGGGCACGGUUGGAAGCGCAUUCCAGUGCGCAAGCAAUGGCAUUUAAACAGCAUUUACACUUUCGAAUAGAACAGAAGAUACCCCGGGCGAAUGUGCAUACGAGCAGGAUGAUAGAAGGGAGGGAUAUUAUCACAAGCCAUACAAUUCAUAGAUAUACGUUAAACUUUGGUUAAAAUUUGGAGUGGGUGCUGCAGUCUCAAUUGAGGCCAUGCAAUUCGAAUAGCUAGAAUAAUAACUAGUAUGAUUAUAGAGCUAUCUGCAACAAUGCAGGAGAGAUACCCAGGUUUUGGAAUAGCUUAAAAAGAUCUGCUGAGUAUGACUGAGGAUUACCCCAGAAGACCACCUGAUUACCCAAAUGUCAUAAUAUAGAGCUCCUUGAUAACUUAUACUUAUCUCCC